CGCUGAGUCUUUUUUCCCCCACUUUCAUUCCUUUGAUUUUAUCAAGCAUUUGGUGCCCAACACACGAGAGCGACAGGAAACUAACGAGUAAACCAUAUAAAAUGCCCUUGAUUGUGCGAAGGAUCGGUAUCUGUGGCCUUCUCAAUAUAUCUUCAAGAGUGACGCGUCCAACAUUGUCCUCUGUUCCUAUUUUCUGCUCAUCACGUUGGCCAGCAUUUGCUCCACGUUGUUACAGCAAGCCUAUUGAUCAUUACAGUGCUGAAAAGGAUAUCAUCGUCAAGUUAUUGUAUAAUAUUGGCUCACGAAAGGAGGUCGAGCAAUAUCUGCGUCAUUUCUCAUCAGUGGAGUCGCAAAAGUUUGCCGUCAUCAAAAUAGGCGGGGCGGUCUUGACAGAUGAAUUAGAGACCUUGGCAUCCGCUCUCACUUUUUUGAAUCGAGUGGGAUUGUAUCCUAUCGUGCUGCAUGGCGCAGGCCCGCAACUGAACCAAUUGUUGGCUAACGUCGGCGUAGAACCGCGAUACGAAGAAGGCAUACGCAUCACUGAUCAUAUUACUUUGGAGAUGGCUCGUAAAAUCUUUUUGAGCGAAAAUCUGAAACUGGUCGAUGCGCUUGAACGCCACGGCACACGUGCGCGACCGAUUCCAAGUGGUGUGUUUGUUGCUGAAUAUUUGGACAAGCAAAAGUAUGGCUAUGUGGGUCGAAUUACAGCCGUGAACAAAGAAGUGAUCGAAUCGUCUAUUCGGGCAGGCGCACUACCGAUAUUAGCCUCACUAGCAGAGACAGUGGACGGUCAAAUCUUGAAUGUCAAUGCCGAUGUCGCCGCUGCAGAACUGGCAAUUGCCUUGGAACCACUCAAGAUUGUCUUUUUGAACGAAAAGAACGGGCUUUAUCACGGCAUUACCGGCGAAAAAAUUGAUGUUAUUAAUUUGGAUGAGGAAUAUGAAGAUUUGUUAAAGGAACCUUGGGUGAAAUAUGGCACAAGACUUAAAAUCAAACAAUGCAAAGAGUUACUCGAUGGCUUACCGCGAUCCUCUUCGGUGGCUAUUAUUUCAGCCGGCCAUUUGCAUAAAGAGCUCUUUACGGACUCGGGUGCAGGGACCCUCAUCCGACGAGGACACAAGUUGUUCAAGUACAACAACUUGGAUGAAAUGAAUUUGGACAAGUUGCGACGCAUUCUCGAAACCGAAGAUCGCAAGGUGAAAUCGGGCCACAUUUCAGUGGCGAGUUACUUGCGUGAACUUCAACAAAAACCCAAAAUGACUCUGUACACGGAUGAACCGGGUCAGGUGUUGGCGAUUGUCGUAAGCGACCCUGCGAAUCCUUCCAACCCGCCUGUGCUGGAGAAAUUAUUAGCCACCAAAACCGCUGUACUAAAUAACGUUCCAGAUAACCUUUGGAACAUGAUUCGAAAGGACUACCCCACGCUUACUUGGCUUGUCCAUGCACAGGAUAUAGACGGAAAUCUGGACGGUGCUUGGCAUUUUGAACGGUCCGACGGAUCAUUACGACGACAACAGGACGGUUCCACCAUGUUCUUUUAUGGCAUCCAAGAUUCUGAUAAGGUGCAGCAUACGCUGAACGAAUUCGGAAAACAGAGAUCACCGCCCUUUGAUUAUCAGCAACGUCGCGCGUAGAAAAAUGGUCGUGCUCUGAUACCCGUUUUGCUCAGUUAUUUUGCCAAAAGUGUGUUGAUCACUGACGCACUUUAUGCUGUCAUCUGGCAAAGAAGAUUUAUAUCGAGUCCCAAGCAUCACUCUAAUGAUAAUUAUUGAUAUCAUCAAUUGAUAAAUCGGUCCCGAAUCACUGUACGAAUUCCAUACGACAUUUUUUGUUGUUGCAAAUGAAAACAAGUAUAACAAGCAGAUCAUCUAUACAUAAACCUAUGCCGUUUCAAAAUCAAAAUCAUGCAGAGGAGAAACCUUGAAAGCGUUUUUUUUUCUCAUGUUCAUGUUACAGUAGGUUAGGUUAGAUCAAUUUGGCAUAUGAGUGAUUUUUUUUUUCUGCUUUUGCUUUUGCAUGACAUUUGAUCACCUUUAAUAAAC